CGUGGGUCUCGAUGCAGCUAAAUUCGCAUUCUCCCAGUGGAACAUCCAUUUGUACACAACGCUCAGUAAUCCACCUCUGAGAUAUCUGCGAUUCCAUGACAUUCUCCGCCCACAUCGGAUCAUCUUUGCUCCAAUCCGCUCUUUCAGAUUCAGGUGCACAGCAAUCAGCUUUUCCACUGAGUUCGAGUUGUGUCACAAUCGCACAUCAAACACCACUCUUUGUGCGAGUUUAAAACAGAGGUUGGAGUAAUCUUUGUGUAGCUUCUCGUGCAGAGUGCGAAAAUUCUCAUGCCGAGCACGCACUCGCCCAUUAGCUUCGACACUUCGACGGGAAGUUCAGUUUUCUUCGGGUGAGCCGUGCCUGCGGAUCGAGGAUCUCCUGUAGGCCCGGUCAUAUUUCGCUCGCGCAUGCCAAGCAGCCAACGUUUCAUUCUCUGUGAGAGUGGAGAAGAGAAUGGAAGUUGCAGGUUCGUCCAUUGUCAGUGACGCUGCCGAGAUACGGGGAAUGGACUCCGCAGACCAGGAACCAGAGACGUCCUACUUGAGCGAGAAAGACGAGGAACCGGAGCUUCCGUCUGCUGUCCAGGACCUUAUACGGCGUCUGGAAGACGCUAAAGCCGAGACUUUAGGGCCGAGAGGCAGCGACUACUUUUAUUUACAUAUGCCAGGAUUUCGGGAGUUCUUUCCGGAGAGUGCAUCGCUCUCGACGAUCACAGGGUGGCGGAGCAAAGUGCGCCUUCGAGUGCUGGAGGCAAUCGCACUUACAAUCGCCAGAUGCACUCCCCACUAUUUGUACGUACGUGAAAUUUGUGAUGGAGAUAUAUCGAGGUUCACCGCUAGCGAGUGGGAGGUUCUUUUGAGAGGUUUCCAUUCUAGUACCGUUCUACAAGGGAUAUACUGUUUUGGUGUGAAAUGGAAUUCAGAUGCGGAAGUGGAGAGCUUGUGCUUACAGCUGGGGAGAAUUCUGAAUUCUUCUAGCAUAAAAACAUUGUCAAUAAUGCAUUGCCCGAUGACUGCCAGAUGUUUCUUGAAUCUCGCAUCAGGACUGAGAGGAAAUUACGAUUCUAAACUCGAGUCUCUAAGACUUAGGGAUUUAGGGGUGGACUCGAGUGUGAUGAAGCAUGUGGUUGACAUGAUCAGCAGUGCUCCUCUACUAAAAAAAUUGGAAUUAGGCGGCGAAAACUGCAGCAUGGACAUGGACGAGGAGACCGUUGGAAUGCUGUCCCAGGCUUUGAUCCAGAGCUCGGGUUUGAAGAAAUUGUACUUAGAGAACGUGAAGUGGGGAGCGGCCUUGUUGCUGAAAGCUUUGGCCGGAGAUGAUGGCAACCGAUCCAUUCAAACUCUUAGGCUGCGAAGUAUCGAUAGACUCGGAGACUGUUUGAGGCAACUUCUUACUUCCAACGCAUCAUUGAAGAAAGUAAAAUUGAGUGACAUGCGGAUGAGUCCUGAGGAAUGGCACCAACUAGGCGAAGUCAUACGCGACAAUGCUAUAGCAACACGUAUUUUAGUAGGGUUUGAAUUAGAACACAAUGUUAGAGAUGACUGGAAGUCAGUAGAAGCUCUUGCGCGUGCUGCUAGCUCCCAUGUCAAGGACCCCAUAGUGGAACUCAUUCUGGUUACUCUGAGUGACCAUGACUUUUUGUUAUCACUAAACCUAUUAGUUAGUGUACUGCGAGGUGAAAUCAAAUCCUUUUCAUCUUUCCAUUUGGAGGAAGAAGUUGACACCUCAGAUAGCAACCAAGAUAGAAUUGGAAGUAUCCCGUCGAUAAACGGAAAACUUGGAGAGACUUCAGUCCUGAAGAGUCUGCAGUUAUCUGUUCAAAGGGGAGAUAUUUGGAAGGGAGUAUGGAAGGACCUGAUGGGGUGCUUGCGAGUGAACACAAGUGUCACUCACUUGAAUUUGUCUGAGUGGGAACUCGACGAAGAUGCCUUCAGGAACCUGAUGGGGUGCUUGCGAGUGAACACAAGUGUCACUCACUUGAAUUUGUCUAACUGCGGAUUCAACAAACUCGACGAAGAUGCCUUCAGGGACCUGAUGGAGCUACUACAAGUGAACUUGGCUCUCCAGGAGAUUGACUUCUCACGAACCUCAUGGAAAAAGGACGGAAAGGCGGCGCAGAUUCAAGAAGCUCUAAAGCAAAACCAGAAGCGGGCGGUUUACAUGUCCAUCUUCAGAGAAGCCAAAUUAGAAUUUGGAGAUGCAAAAGCUGGCCGACUCUUCUUAUGCGGUUCUCCUAGAGCAGGCAAGACUCAAUUACGUCAAACUCUUAUGAGGAUAGUACAAGGCAAAAGUUGGGUUGGAAAGAAAUGGGAGGAAUUGUGGAGGACUGAAGGCAUCGAAGUGGAGCUCUUGGAAAACAAUGACAGAUCCCAAAUCUCAAUUUGGGAUCUUGCAGGACAAGAGAUUUUUCCUACCCUUCAGAGUGUGUUAUUUCCUCAAACCAGCAAUUUUUGUGUUUUUCUUUUUGUGUAUAGCCAUUUCGAUGAUAAAAAUUCUUUGGACAAACCAGAGUUUUGUUUCCAGAGAGAGUUGGAGGAAUGGUUGCGUUUCAUCACAUCCAGCACAAGGAUCACAGGACAUAAUCGUCCACAAGUUCUUGUUGUGAUUACACACAAGGAUAAAACCAGCUCCAAGUCUUUGGCUUGGAUUCACCCCAUGGUGAAAAAACUCACCAAAAGAUUUGUAAAAUUUGUGGAUCUGCAUCCUGUUGAUGAGUGUUUCCAUGUGAAUGCUCAGAAAAAAAAGCAAGUUAUGCCUCUCAAAAAUCACAUUCUUGAAAUCUUCAAGAAAUUAUUGAGUGAAAAAUCCCCACAGGUUCCAAAGUUGUGUUCUCAACUCUCUUCUUCCUUGAUUGCAAACACCAAGGAGAAUAGAAAAUGCCCUUUUUGGCAAUCCACAGAGUUUUACAAAUUCUGCAUCCCCAGCUUGAAACAAUUCAUUCCAUUUUCUUCUGCUCAUGCCACUGAUCAUUCAAGGAUAAUGAAAUCAAUCAUAUCAUAUUUGAAUGACGUCGGAUCUAUAGUUUCUAUCCCUAACCUUGAUUACAUCAUUGUGGAUCCCAACUGGCUUACCAAUACAUUAUUGGGUAAGUUGGUAGCUCAGGGUCAAAACUUUCAAGCUCAAGAAUCUACAUCUUCUUGCAAAACGGUGGCACGUGACUCAUACACAAGGAGGGACGGAUGUGUGAGUGAGACUGUCUUUGAUCGGUUGAUAGAGGAGAUUGUGAAGAAGAAACCACAUGGAGAGAGAGUUGUGCACAAAGAGUUGAUUGAGAAAAUCCUUAUCAACUUGGAUUUGUGUUUCAAGCUAGAAGAUACUUCUGAGUAUUUCAUUCCCUCCUUCAUACCGGAAGAACAGAAGCUUCAAGAAGGGACGCACGUGGAGUCCAUGGUUUGGGAAACUAGGGUUGAACCUUCAACGUUUGUCGGCAUCCGGAUUCAAUGCCAAGAUGAAAGAACAAUGUCACUUACCGCUGCUUUUUUUCCAUGCUUCCAGAUGUUCAUGAGACGCAAGUUGAUAUCAGAGAUGGAUGUUCUCAAGGAGAGUGUGACCUGCUCUCGACAUUAUUUGCGACUUUUUGAUGAUGGGCACGAGAUCUACGUCGAACAAGAUAGGUCCCAUGGUUACGUGGAUGUUUUGAUGUUAUGCUCAAACUAUAAAUCAAGGGAGGGGGCGCUGAAAUAUGUGAUGAAGCAUAUCGUCCAGGAGUUAAUAUCAUUUUGCGCAUCAUCUAAAGGCUGUCCCGGGGUGGCGUUAGUGCUCCGUGUUAUUCAAACAAUUUGUGUGGAUAUGCUGAUUCCGAGUCAUCAGAGAGGGACAAUUCUAAUUGAGGAUCUGAAAUCAAAAUUCAUCCGUAGCUGUAACGACAAACUUGAGGAUAUUCCGUUGGAAAAGUGGCACUUGGAGAAGGAAGAUGAGUUGUUCAACUAUGAGUACGGUUGGCCCUUGAUUAAAGGGCACACAACACAUGUUAUAUUCGAAAGAGCUAGGCAGUUGCUUUGGGAGAGCGAUGUGGAAGCGAUUUUGAAUCAGAUCCGACAAAAGCGAUUGCAACAAUUGGAGUCAUUGCAGGAAGGCCUUACCAAACAAUUGGAGUCAUUGCAGCAAGGUAUAAUCAGCGUGAACAAUGAUUUGGUGCAUUCUCAGGCUGAAGAUGAAAACAUGGCCAACAAUUCAAAAUUUCCUGAUAUGAAAGAUUCCAAUCGAUUUUCAUCCAGGUGCUUAAGUCGGACGACCACAAGUGUAGACAAUAGGUCAACCCAACUUAUUUUGUCCAAGAUAGAUAAGCUAGAAGGAAAUAUGGGACGAAGGUUUGAUGGUGUGGAUGAAGGGUUGAGAUCACUGGUGAGCACUGUGCAGAGAUUGGAAAACAAGGUGGGACAGAUACUCUCUUUGCAACAACAACUGCAGUCAACGUCCAGUUCUUUCAUGUCAAAAGUGGACAGUAUCAUUCAGUAUUCCCAAUCGCUUCGUCAAGCGAGAGCUCCCAAGCGACCUUACAUCACGGACGAUGUUGGCGUUUUCUACAAGAUGAGUGCAAUUGCGCAUGUUGGGACAACUGUUCGUUUACAUUUGAUGUGUGAGUCAGUGAAUGGGUUUCACAUUGUCAAAGAUCAAGAAGGGUUGAGGAUACGCUUGGAUUGGGAGAAUAGAACAUGGAUUCGGAAAACUAUUGAAAUCUCACUCAAAGUCAUGCAUUAUGCUCUGAAAGCUGGACUGGAUGUGAUAUGCGGAUUGGGCCAAGCGAUUCCGAAUUGGGAAGAGUUAAAAUCUAAUAUUGUUCAACUAGAUGGCAUUAGCGAUCGUGAUCGUAGGGCAGUUCUAAAAGGUGAGGAAAGCAAGGAGCUGGAAGAAGCAUGGCUGAGGAUUCAGCAAACACUUGCGCAUAUUAACUAUCCGGCAAUCUUCAAGUUGUUUCAGGUGAAAUACGUGAGGCUAGAAUUAGGUGGGCAUGCAUGGGUGUGCCAGGAGUGCAUGAAUAAAGGUCUUGGUUCAGGAAUUUUGACAGUUUAGGAAUUUGAAGAGGUUAGAAUGUCAUUAUGCCAAUGACAAGCAAAUGUUUAGAUCCUCAUGCACUCAAACCUCUGCAAAAUCUUUCAUAGAAUUUUCACUUGUACAAGUCUUUUAAAAUCUAUUCAAUUAUGUCAAUCGCGCAGUU